GGGAAAGAAAGAGGGGCAGGAGAGGAAAGGGGACCGCAGUCCGAGAGGAGAUUUGGGGAUCUAGGACCUAAACCGUCGAGACGUGGCAUUGGCCAAGAGACAGAAACUGCCGCCGGCACUGGGAGCGCAUUUAUUAUUUGGGGGGAAAGGAGAGGAGAGAGGAGCGGGCAGGGAAGGAAGAGAGUUCCAGCAGAAGUGGAUGGAAGGGGACCGGGGUUUCCGCCGCUCUGGGAGCCAGGAGCCGGGGCGAUGGCGCUAAGGACCGCGCGGAACAGCUGCGCUCCUGGGAACGCGUCUCCUCGAGGAGGACUAGCCGGCAACGGGAAGGUCUGCGCGAAGAGGAACCAACUUGUGGCUCCAAAAUGUACCCGACGCAGCUGGAAAUGAGAUCAAAGCUGCAGUUUCAUUCGAGAAGGAUGAGAGGAGCCAGCGACUAGGAAUUUUUUUUUUUAACCUCCUUCGUUCCCUUUUCUAUUUUUCUAUUUUCUUUCCUUACUAUUUUUCAUUUGCCUAACACUCCGUCGAGCCCCUCACUUCGCCCUCCCUGUUUGAAAUAAAAGCCCAGUUUGAACUUCUUUCGUCGCGGCGCCCCCGGACCCGCUGCCCCGCUGAUGGAGGAGACGGGGACCCGGGAGCUGUCAGGGGCCACCGGCGAGGGACCGCGUCACGCGUCUCCCCCGUGAGCCUGGCCCUGUUCGUGGAGUUCUGCAACACCUGGAGGAUCUGGACCGGGGGCCGGGGGUGGGGGCGGGGACAGAGGAAGAGAAAGCCACCCCGAGCCUUGAAAAAAAAAAAAAGAAGUGGCGGGGGGAAGGAAUGGAUUUCUUCUUGACAGCUGACGGAGCCUUGAAAUUUUCCUCCACUACCUCCGCCCCCGCCCCCGCCCCCGCCCCCCGCACUGCAUUUAACGUGAGAUUAUGAAAUUGCAGAGGCGGUGGAGGGAAGGAGACAGGAUAUAACAGAGUUUGGAGGGAGAGGGGAAGGUGGCUGGCCGGGUGGUUGAAAUAAAAAAUCCAAUUGCGCACUGGGUUGUGAUGAGAAAUCUAAUCAGAUCUUCUGAGAAGGGGCCGGCCGGAAGGGUGGCGAGUGGGGGAAGUUGAUCCCCAAAUUCUUCGAAAGGGGGGUGCUGGGGAAAAGAAUCGGCGAUCUAAAAGACUUUUUUUUUUUUUUUUUUGGUGGCGGUGGCGGUUGGGUGCGUUGCAAAAAUGAAGGAUGCGGGACGCAGCUCUCUCUUGGAACCGAAGGCAGUGGAUAAACUGAUUGUGCAAGAGAGAAGGAAGAAGGAAGCUUUUUCUUGUGAGACCUGGAUCUUAACACAAAGGUGUAUAUGUGCACACAGGGAGCCUUGAAAAAUGAAAUAAAGCAGUGUCAGACCCACGGGAGUUGAUGUGUUCGGACAUAAAUAAAUAAUAAUAAAACAGCUUGCCCCCCCCCCCCAAAGGAUGAUUGGAAAUGGAGAACGGAGAAGCCACAAAGGAAAAGUAUGUUCAUUUUUUUCUAUAAAGGAGGAAGUAAGCCAAGGAGAUAUUUUUGGAAUGAAAAGUUUGGGGCUUUUUUUAGGAAAGUAAAGACUUGACAUGGUGGUGGUGUUUUCUUUUUCUUUUUGAAUUUCCCACAAGAGGAGAGGGAAUUAAUAAUACAUCUGCAAAGAAAUUUCAGAGAAGAAAAGUUGACCGUAGCAGAAUGAAGCAUUGAUUGGGGGAGAGAAACCAGCAGAGUACCGUUGGAUUUGUGCCUGUGUUGACUAAAAUUGACGGAUAAUUGCAGUUGGAUUUUCUUCAGCAACCUCCUUCCCCCACCCCUCUCUCUCUCUCUUUUUUUUUUUUUCUUUUUUCCUUUUUGGUGUCAAGAUCAUGCGUUUUCGCUUGCUCUUAACCACCUGGAUUUCCAUCUGGAUGUUGCUGUGAUCAGUCUGAAAUACAAUCAAGAAACUGAGGCUGAGAGAGAGGACACGUACCCAGAGUUACCCAGCUAGUCAGUGACAGACAGAAGUGGAACCUGUGGUGGUGAAUAUAUCAACAAUUACAAUAAGAAUGGGGAUGCUACAACAGUACUUCUUUAGAUCACUCAGACUUACUGCUGAGUCGGAUUGGCAAACGCGUUGCCUGUUUACAGCAUAGAGACCACAAUGGAGAGCUAGAUUAUUUGAACUCCAGAAGGACCAACACCAGAUAAAUUAUGAAUGUUGAACAAGAUGACCUUACAUCCACAGCAGAUAAUGAUAGGUCCUAGGUUUAACAGGGCCUUAUUUGACCCCCUGCUUGUGGUGCUGCUGGCUCUUCAACUUCUUGUGGUGGCUGGUCUGGUGCGGGCUCAAACCUGCCCUUCCGUCUGUUCCUGCAGCAACCAGUUCAGUAAGGUGAUUUGUGUUCGGAAAAACCUACGAGAGGUUCCAGACGGCAUCUCCACCAACACUCGGCUGCUGAACCUCCAUGAGAACCAAAUCCAGAUCAUCAAAGUGAACAGCUUCAAACACUUGAGGCACCUGGAAAUCCUACAGUUGAGUAGGAAUCACAUCAGAACAAUUGAAAUUGGGGCCUUCAAUGGUCUGGCAAACCUCAACACCCUGGAACUCUUUGACAAUCGUCUUACUACUAUCCCCAAUGGAGCUUUUGUAUAUUUGUCUAAACUGAAGGAGCUCUGGUUGCGAAACAACCCCAUUGAAAGCAUCCCUUCUUAUGCUUUUAACAGAAUCCCUUCUCUGCGCCGGCUAGACUUAGGGGAGUUGAAAAGGCUUUCAUACAUCUCAGAAGGUGCCUUUGAAGGUCUGUCCAACUUGAGGUAUUUGAACCUUGCCAUGUGCAACCUCCGAGAAAUCCCUAACCUCACGCCGCUCGUAAAGCUGGAUGAACUGGAUCUUUCUGGGAAUCAUCUGAGUGCUAUCAGGCCUGGCUCUUUCCAGGGGCUGAUGCACCUUCAAAAACUGUGGAUGAUCCAGUCCCAGAUUCAAGUGAUUGAACGGAAUGCCUUUGAUAACCUUCAGUCACUGGUGGAGAUCAACCUGGCACACAACAAUCUAACGUUACUGCCUCAUGACCUCUUCACACCCUUGCAUCAUCUAGAGCGGAUACACUUACAUCACAACCCCUGGAACUGUAACUGCGACAUACUGUGGCUCAGCUGGUGGAUAAAAGACAUGGCCCCCUCCAACACAGCUUGCUGUGCCCGGUGUAACACUCCUCCCAAUUUGAAAGGGAGGUACAUUGGGGAGCUUGACCAGAAUUACUUCACCUGCUAUGCUCCUGUGAUUGUGGAGCCCCCAGCAGACCUCAAUGUCACUGAAGGCAUGGCAGCUGAGCUGAAAUGUCGCGCCUCCACGUCCCUGACCUCUGUAUCUUGGAUCACUCCAAAUGGAACGGUCAUGACCCAUGGGGCGUACAAAGUGCGGAUAGCUGUGCUCAGCGAUGGUACGUUAAACUUCACGAAUGUAACCAUGCAAGAUACAGGCAUGUACACAUGUAUGGUGAGUAAUUCUGUUGGAAAUACCACCGCUUCAGCCACUCUGAAUGUUACUGCAGCAACCACUACUCCCUUCUCUUACUUUUCAACCGUCACAGUAGAGACUAUGGAACCUUCUCAGGAUGAGGCUCGGACCACGGAUAACAAUGUGGGUCCCACUCCAGUAAUUGACUGGGAGACCACCAACGUGACCACCUCUCUCACGCCACAGAGCACAAGGUCAACAGAAAAAACAUUCACCAUCCCUGUGACUGACAUAAACAGUGGCAUCCCAGGAAUUGAUGAGGUCAUGAAGACUACCAAAAUCAUCAUUGGCUGUUUUGUGGCCAUCACACUCAUGGCCGCAGUGAUGCUCGUCAUUUUCUACAAGAUGAGAAAGCAGCACCAUCGGCAAAACCAUCACGCCCCGACAAGGACUGUUGAAAUCAUUAAUGUGGAUGAUGAAAUUACAGGAGACACACCCAUGGAAAGCCACCUGCCCAUGCCUGCUAUCGAGCAUGAGCACCUAAAUCACUAUAACUCUUACAAAUCUCCCUUCAACCACACAACGACAGUUAAUACAAUAAAUUCAAUACACAGUUCAGUGCAUGAACCGUUAUUGAUCCGAAUGAACUCGAAAGACAAUGUACAAGAGACUCAAAUCUAAAACAUUUACAGUUACGAAAAACA